AUGGAGCGCGGUGUUCCGCUGGACCAGACCGACGACAAGGGAUGCCUGCCGCUGCACUACGCCGCCGCUCAGCACAACAUCCCACUCAUCCACUUCUUCGCAGAGCACUGUAAGAAGGAGCUGCUCGACCAGCCCGACAAGGCCGGCUUCACUCCACUCGCCGCCUCGCUGCUCUACUUCGCAAGCAACCGAGACAAGAGUAAAUGGGACAUCAGACUAGGAACUUACACUGGGAAGGUGUCGCCGCUGAUCUGGGCGAUCUGCCGUCGCGACUUCAUGAUGGUGAAGUACCUGCUGAACAAAGGCGCCGAUGUCAACUUUGCCGAUGACCAGAAGAGAACGCCCAUCAUGCACGCUGUUCGCAUGAAUGACAUUGAUCUCGUGCGGCUGCUCCUCGAUCACGACUACUCGCGCGAUGAGCCGCAGCGCAAGCCGCGACGUCGCCUCAUCAGCAUCUCCGACUCGGAGGGCAGUGACGACGACGAUGACGACGACGACGACGAUGCGGACGACGACGACGACGCAGCGACCUUCUCUUCGGAGCUGACGUCGGAUCAUGAAGAUGAGGAGGGUCGGCCUGUGCCGAAGGCGGCGUUCCGCGUGCGCGCGAUCAAGCCGGUUAUCCCGCGCAGCCAGCUGUCGUUCAAGGAGGUUCCCUCGCCACUGAAGCAGGAGGACGAGCUGCCGUUCGAUCUUCCCAAGAUCCACUUCAUCAAGCGCAGCCGGGUGGACCUGGACGCGGCAGACGCGCGCGGGUGGACCGUCGUCCACCACCUCGUCAAGCCGCUCGACGUCGGCACCUUCGAGAACAUGGAGGCGCUGUGCCUGCUGCAGCACUGCGGGGCGCCUAUCGGCAAGGCCGACGACGCGGGCCGCACGCCCCUGCGGUGCGCGUUGGAGGUCGGCACGCAGUGUCUGUCCGACGCGCUGCAGAUGCUGCUCAAGCGCGAGCGCAAGGAGUGGGCGACGACGAAGUUGACGCAGGUGGAAGCGUCGGACGGCAUCGACUGGGGCGCGGACUCUGCGCCCGACUACGAGAAAGAUUACGAGGCAGCGCUGGCCCUGCAGGCGCAGACUGUCAUGGAGGUGGACAGCGCGGAGAAGGAGGGGCCGGAGCUGCCGGAUAAAGCAUCAGACAUGAGCAAGACGGGAGACCUAUUGAUGGACACGAAUCAGAGCCGUCCCUAUAGCAGCCUCCUGACAAAGGUGGACGUGAAGUACGGAAACUAUGGCUUCUUCUCCUUCUACAGGUGCCAGGUGAUUCAUCUGAAGGGACGCGACAUGUACGUGCUGUUCACGCAGUGGGGUCGCAUCGGCUCACGCUACGACUCGCAGCACCAGAAGACGCCGUUCCCGGCCGCCGAGGACGCCAUCAAGGAGUUCUGCAAGGUCUUCAAGCAGAAGACGGGCAACGACUGGAGCGCCCUCGCCACGUUUGAGGCGCAGAAGGGAAAGUACCGGCCGCUGCGACUUGAGACGCGGAAACGCGCGCGCGCUGGGCGCCGCUUCAAGGUCGACCUGCAGUCCAGCGUCAAUUCCAAGCUGCCGCAGACCUUGCAGGAACUCAUGAAGGAGCUGACGAAUGUGCGAUCGCUGGAAUCGGCCUACAAAUCUUACAAGGUCAACGAGAAUCUUCUGCCUUUUGGCUAUUUGCCAAAAGAUGUUAUAAGCCAGGCCCGAGAUAUCUUGGAGAAGCUAGCAGCUAACAUCGAGGCAAAAGACAAAGCCCUGGAGAACUCGAUGGAGGCUGAUUCAGCUGAGAAGCACUACAAGGCCAUGGAACAGAUCCACGACCUGUCCAACGAGUACUACUACCUGAUUCCGCGUGCCGACUUGACACACACAUGCUGCCGCCCAUCGACAACGUCAAGGUGCUGCGGCAGAUCUCGACCUGUGUCGCAACCUGCUGGAGAUCGACAUGGCGACGAAGCUGCUGGUCGCGGCCCAGCAUCGCAAGAACGAGAUCUGCCCGCUGGAUUACGUCUACCGCUGCCUGAGCACGCAGCUAGAGCUGCUCGACUGGAAGGUGGCUGAGGCGCAGUACAUCCUCCACUACUACCACAACACGAUGCCCAAGUGUGC